UUAAAUGGACUGUACGUGCAAAGAUGGCAGCCCAAGUGGACUUGCUCCGUGCGAAAGUAAAAGAUGAACGCGUAAGGGACAGCUUUGACAGAUUCAUCAAAGAGAGGAAGAACAAGAGGCAGCUGUCGCCGCCAGAUGUUAAACGGGAGAGGUGCGAGAAGAAGGUGAAGCUCCAUCACCACCACCAGCAGCAGCAGCAGCACGCUGAGCCCCGGACCCACCAGCAGCCGCAUCAGCUGCAGCAGAACCCCAAAACACACCACUUCAGCGCGGAUAAACAGCAUGCCCUGCACCUCCACCACCACCACCGCCCACACAGCCACGGUCUCACCAACUGCACCAAGAAGAGCUUGCAGCCCGGUUUCCCUCCACCGAACCGAGCGGCACCUCCACAGCCACCUGCGCUCUUCACUUUCACGCCCCUCAAAGUGGUCAAGGCCCGGCCGCAGGAGCCGAAAGACAAGCCCCGAGACAAGGAGCCCAAACUCCGGCUGAAGAAGGAGAACUCUGAGACCAAUGUGAAGCACCCGCUGCAGAAUAAAGAGUCCAGGCCCCACAAGGAAAAUGGCAAGUCCCUAACACUGGAGGAUUACCUUCUGAAGAAGAAGAAAAAGAAGAAGAAGCAUCACGAGGAUGAUCACGGUGGGAAGAAGGUCCGACACAUGCACACCAAAGCAGUCCAGACCUUGUGCGCUGGGCUUGGAGCUGACGUCAAAAAGCCCGUUCACCCUGAUUCUUCUCUACCUGCUGCCAUAAAGCAGGAAGCCACUCGACGACCUGUCAGUGGCACAGCCGACAACUGCCCUUCCUACCCCCAUGCUCUGAAAGCGGGUGGUGUUCCUUUCCUCACCCAUCAAGACCACUACAUCCGAAGCAAAUGCCUCCAGAUGGGAACCAGGUACAGUUGCUUCAUGCAUGAAGAAAGGCAACCCAAUGGUGGGGGAGCUGUUCUGCACGCGUACGCCGACGAGCUGGCCUUCCUCAGUCCAGCUGAGAUGGAGGCUUUUGCCCAGGAGUUCCUGGAUCUGACCUUCGCUGAGAAACUUAAAGGUGCAGCGGUCUACGCCUUAACGGUGGUGCACGGCGCAGCGUCGUACCUGCCUGACUUCCUGGACUACUUUGCCUUCAACUUCCCCAACACGCCAGUCAAAAUGGAAAUACUGGGCAAGAAGGACAUUGAAACCACGACAAUUGGCAACUUUCAUGCUCAGGUGAACCGCACAUACUGCUCAGGAACAUACCGAGCCGGACCCAUGAGGCAGAUCAGCCUGGUCGGAGCCGUGGAUGAGGAAGUCGGAGACUAUUUCCCAGAGUUCCUGGACAUGCUGGAAGAGUCGCCAUUCCUCAAGAUGACCCUGCCUUGGGGAACCCUCUCCAGUCUCAAGCUGGACUGUCGCUCCCAGAGCGACGACGGGCCGAUCAUGUGGGUGCGACCAGGAGAACAAAUGGUGCCCACCGCCGAUAUGCCCAAGUCUCCGUUCAAACGGCGCCGAUCCAUGAACGAGAUCAAGAAUCUGCACUACCUGCCAAGAGCCAGCGAGCCUAGAGAGGUUCUGUUUGAGGACCGGACCAAAGCCCAUGCUGAUCACGUGGGUCAGAGUUUUGACUGGCAGAGCACAGCUGCUGUCGGUGUCCUGAAGGCCGUGCGCUUUGGAGAAGGGGAGCGCCGGCCCCGGAUAACCAAAGAUGUGGUGUGUUUUGAUGCUGGAGACUUCAGUGAGGUUGUCCAGAGGCUGCAGCUGGAUCUGUACGAGCCCCCGGUUUCUCAAUGUGUUCAGUGGGUGGAUGACGCCAAGCUCAACCAGCUGAGGCGGGAAGGCAUUCGCUACGUCCGUACGCAGCUAUGUGACGACGACAUCUACUUCAUUCCGAGGAACGUCAUCCACCAGUUUAAGACGGUGUCUGCCGUCUGCAGCCUGGCCUGGCACAUCCGCCUCAAACGGUACCACUCCGAGGACGCCAAGGAGGGGCAGCGCCCCAAAGACCUCAGCCCCACCUCGGGCCGGGUCUCCUUUUCCUCCCCAGCUAGGCUCAACUCCACUGUCGCCCCCUGUGCCAGACCGCCGGUGGACAGCAUCCACGGGGGCGUGGCUAAAACGGAAGAGCCGGAGUUCCAGCGGCCAGCGACGCCGUCCAAAGAGUCUCAGCCUGCUGCUCCUCAGCCCACCAAGUCUGCACACCUUCCUCACCUGUUCUCAGCCUCUGCCCACUCUGGGUGCACACCUCCCAAAAUGCCCCCCCUGCCAGAUGCCCACACCCACACUCCUGACAUCUCAAAAUGAUCUACCCCCACCCACCCCCCACCCCGAUUGUGGACGUGUGACUUGAAAACACGACACAUGCACGGUGACAGGAUGGUUUCCCGCUUAAGAAGAACAACACGAAGCACUUAGUACUUUUAUAUGUUUGUAGUGGCUUCAAAAAAAGGUCUUUAUUGGAACCUUGUUUGUUUUAUACUCGUCAUAUUUAUUUUAUUUUGAUAGGAGAGACCCGAGCACGGGUCGUGUUGCUUUUAGUGAUGCAUACGUAAAUAAUUCAUGUUUGGAGUUUUUCUUCAGAUUCCACUUUGUGAACAAUACUUCUGUUCUAGCUGAGGGUGGAGAAUGAUGUCACUCAUUUCCUUUUGUUGAAAGCACUCAACAUUGCUUAGUUUUAGCAGGUAACCAAGUGUGUUGAGUUUGAGUCUAGAUGUGGACGUAAAUGCAGAAGUUUCUGUUCGGUUGGAUUAGAUCUGGUUUUACAACAAAAACACAAGGUCUCGUGAUGAAAUGCCAUCAUUGUGUUGGAGGAGGUCGUCAGUGUAAUCAUUUCAAUGACAUGUUAUUUAAUAAGCUAGUCUAAUGAGAUAGUUGAAUCUCAGAUAGAGGAGGAGCAAUGUGGUUUUCGUCCUGGCCGUGGAACUGUGGCCCAGCUUUAUACCCUUGCAAGGGUGAUGGAGGGGGCAUGGGAGUUUGCCCAACCAAUCCACAUGUGUUUUGUGGAUUUGGAGGAGGCUUAUGACCGUGUCCCCAGGGGCACCCUGUGGGGGACGCUCCAGGAGUAUGGGGUGGGUGGAUUUCUGUUAAGGGCCAUUCAGUCCCUUUACCAGAGGAGCGUGAGUUUGGUCUGCAUAGCCGGUAGUAAGUCGGACCUGUUCCCAGUGAGGGUUGGACUCCGCCAGGGCUGCCCUUUGUCACCGGUUCUGUUCAUUACCUUUAUGGACAGAAUUUCUAGGCGCAGCCGUGGUGUGGAGUGUGUCGAGUUUGGUGGCAGGAGAAUCUCGUCUCUGCUUUUUGCGGAUGAUGUGGUCCUCCUAGCUUCAUCCAGCUCUGACCUUCAGCUCUUGCUGGGUAGGUUCGCGGCCGAGUGUGAAGCGGCUGGGAUGAGGAUCAGCACCUCCAAAUCUGAGACCACGGUUCUCGACCGGGAAAGGGUGGCUUGCCACCUCCGGGUCGGGGGAGAGGUCCUACCUCAAGUGGAGGAGUUUAAGUAUCUCGGGGUCUUGUUCACGAGUGAGGGUAGGAGGGAUCGGGAGAUCGACAGGCGGAUUGGUUCGGCGUCUGCAGAGAUGCGGACGCUGAGCCGAUCUGUCGUGGUGAAGAGGGAGCUGCGCCAGAAAGCCAGGCUCUCGAUUUACCGGUCCAUCUACGUCCCAAUCCUCACCUAUGGUCAUGAGCUUUGGGUAAUGACCGAAAGAACGAGAUACAAGCGGCCGAAAUGAGUUUCCUCCGUAGGGUGGCCGGGCUCAGCCUUAGAGAUAGGGUGAGGAGCUCGGACAUUCGGGAGGGACUCGGAGUAGAACCGCUGCUCCUCCGUAUCGAAAGGAGUCAGCUGAGGUGGUUUGGGCAUCUGGUCAGGAUGCCUCCUGGUCGCCUCCCUGGGGAGGUGUUUCGGGCAUGUCCUGCCGGCAGGAGGCCCCCGGGUCGACCCAGGACACGUUGGAGAGGUUACAUCUCCAAUCUGGUCCGGGAACGCCUUGGGGUCCUGCCGGAGGAGCUGGUGGAGGUGGCCGGGGAGAGGAUGGUCUGGAGCUCCCUAGUUGGGAUGCUGCCCCCGCGACCCGGACCCGGAUAAGCGGAGGAAGACGACGACGACGAUGUUAUUUAAUAAGCCACAAGACAUGAGAUUCCAUAGUAAAUAUGAAAUCAACCUUAUGGAUCUGUGGGUACAUUUUAACCAGAAGAUUGGAACUUUUUAUUGCAGGGAUUAGGUAACCACUUCGUACAGAUCCAGAAUGCCAGGUCCUCGAACCCCCCUUUCGGUAUCGGAGCCGAUGAAACAGUGUCAGCAGGACGACAGACUAGUCUUUGGAUUAUCUCCAGGUAAAAACCGACAGUUGGUUGACAGCGUCAGAUGGACCCAGGAGGUCAGUGAGUUCAGCUUUUAUUCUGAAAGGAACUGUUGCAGCAGUUCAGAAUCAGAAAAAAUUUUAUUGCCAGCGACCCAGAGCAUUGGAACUUGACUCCACAGAACAGCCUGACCAAGAUUACACACACAUAGACAGGACAGCAACAGGUUUUAUCCAGCUUGUCGUUGGUUCUUUCGGCUGAAGAGGAAAGUCACGGAUUGGCCACUCCGUCAACUUCUCUCAAACGCUUUGAACUGGCGUUAAAGAUGGCGUGGGCAUAGUUUUAUACUUUGGAUGUUUUGGUUUAUGGUCGAAUGAAAAGAGGACAGAUUUACCAAACACCACCAAAACCACGCCUCCGUCACAUCUGGCAGAUUCUGAUUGGAUCAGUAAAGCAAUGUGUCGUGUCGUCUCAUGACACUACAUGAGAUCAGUCCUAGUGGAAACAUUUAAAGUCAUAUUACUUAUUAUAUUCUAUAGGAUUAUAAUAAAGUAAUUAAUAUUUUGAUUUCACAGAUUGGUCACAUUUUAUUAUUGACUAACACUGUUUGAUUAGCUUUAUUAAAACAGAGUUCGUUGAUUUAUUAAAAGGAGAGAGUCCAUUCUUCAUUCUUCUCUUGAGCUGGAAAGGAAGCAGUUUAUAACAAAUGCAUGAGACCAUGAGGCCAUAUCUCAUGCAGACUAGUUCUGUGUCAGAGGAGAGGGGGAAACUGACUUUUAGGUGGAAAACAGUCAUUUCAUUCCGUUACAUCUGACUUUUACAUGUGAAAAGCGGCCGUUGUCGUGUCGUCUAAAAGUAGCCCGCUGUGAAGGAAAUGAUGCUCAUUUCCUUUGCCCUGACUGCAUCUUAGUGCCUUGUCUUGUGCACGAUCGGCCUCACCUAGCGUUGAUGACUGAAGAGGACAAUGAUCUGACACCUGCUACGUGGUGUGAUUGGAAAUGAGGCCUUUCCGCAAACCCAGAAUCUCUAAUGUAAUUUACUAGAGCUUAUGAGGUCAUUCUGUGAGACGGUUAUAAAUCUUAGCUGCUGUGGACAGCGCUCUGAAGUCGCUCGAAUCAAACAUUCCCCAUUAUUUACUAAGGAUUCUGUUAGCUUCUCAGUUUGGUUAGAGCUAACCUCCAACCGGUGAGAUGUUAUUUGUUCAUAACCGUCUCACAGAACCCCUCGUCAAAAAGGGAGAACUGUCUCUAAACUAAGACUGACAGAAACGUGUCGACGUGCUUUUUAGAUCUGCUUUUCUCACAUCCUGUUCUCUCAUCUCUCUCCUUUUGCAUCGAGACAUUGUUAAUGGUUUAUUGUUACAGACAGGAAAAGAGGCACUCCAAUGAGAUUAAGGCAGAAACGUGAAUUCACAUCCAUCCAUCCAUUGUCUGAACCCGCUUGUCCAUGUAGGGUCGCGUUGGGGGGGGGGGCUGGUUCCUAUCUCCAGCGGUCAAAGGGCAAUCAAGCGGGGUACACCCUGGACGGAGAGCCAGUCCGUCGCAGGUCAAUACAGAGACACACAGGACAAACGAUCAUGCACACACACACACACACACACACACACACACACACACACACACACACACACACGCACGCACACACACACACACACAUCUAAGGACAAUUUAGACUAAUUAACCUAACAGUCAUGUUUUUGGACUGUGGGAGGAAGCCGGAGAACCCGGAGAGAACCCACUCAUGCACAGGGAGAACAUGCAAACUCCACGCAGAAAGAUCCCAGGCUGGGAAGUGAACCCAGGACCUUCUCGCUGCAAGGCAACCCUAUAACCACUGCGCAGCCCAUGAAUUCACAUUUAGAGUGAAAAUACAUUUAAUAAAUAACUGUAUGCAUGGCACUCACUGUCCAUUAACACUGGUGAAACGUAUCCACAAAGUUCAAAAGUAACAAGGCAGCAAAAAUGUGAUGUUUUACCCGUUAAUGGCUUUUUUCUGAACGCGCGCGCACACACAAUCACAAAGAGGUAAGCUUCUCUCGGCAGACCUCUCUCCUACAAGCACUUUAUUCUUGAGCAUUUAAACGAGUCUUGCUUCUGAGUCCACCGGUCAGUAACUCAAAUCUGCUUUACCACACAAAUUGUACAGAGUGGGCACUUCCUGUGUGUGUCCAGAUGGAGGCGCUGCUGCCCUGGUCUUCUUUAAAACUUGCUCACACCAAGGCAGCUCCUUUAUGUUCUCCUCUGUCAUGAUGUAACUUAAAUUUGUAAUAAACCUGCUUCUUUUCCCAAUCAGUGAA